ACCUGUAAACAUCCGGAGAGUUUUGCCUUUAUAUUCACUUCAUUUGUCAUUUGUCUCCUGACUCUCCUUUCGUCCUUUUGAAAAUAUUUCAAUACAAGUUGUACAUUCCCCAGUUGCUUUUUCCCCUCUUGUACUCAUUUUAUUUUCGCGUUGCAAGUACAUAUACUACAAUACACCAACACAAUGGCACCAUCAAUGAAGGAUAAUCGAGCACUGAGGAUGCUCCGGGAGGCAGAAGAAGGAGGUUAUGGAGUUAUUGGUGUCGUAUCCGUAUGAUUUUGAUCUUCGGUUGCCAUACAACCUUCUAACCUCAAAAGUACAAUCUCGAAACAAUCACAGCUGUAAUCCGCGCAGCAGAAAAGAAAAACUCUCCCGCCCAAAUCCUCCUCUUUCCAUGGGCUCUCCACUACUCCCCCCUUCUCAUCUACCUCGCCUCAGUGGCCUGUAAAACCGCCAAAGUCCCUGUAGUCUUACACCUUGAUCACGCGCAAUCUGAAGCCGAGAUAGUCGCCGCAGCCGAAUACCCCUUCGACAGUAUCAUGGUCGACAUGUCGCAUUACGAGAAAGAAGAGAACUUGGAGAAGACGGCAAGGAUUACGAAAAUGUUACACGAGAAGGGCAUUGCGACGGAAGCCGAGCCGGGACGUAUAAAUGGAGGCGAAGACGGAGUGGCUGACACUGGGGAUCUGGAGGGGCUAUUGACCACGGCCGAGGAGGCGAAUGAGUUUAUUGCUACAGGCAUUGAUUUUCUAGCACCCGCCUUUGGGAAUAUCCAUGGGAACUAUUGGGGUGUGGAAAACAUCAAGUUGGAGUAUGACAGGUAUGUCUUCUCAAAUCUAGAAGUUCCCUUCAGAUUCCAAGCUAAAUGUCCAAAAACAGAUUAGAGUCUAUUCGCGAAGCAUCCAGAGGAAAGGUUCAACUAGUUCUUCAUGGCACAAAUACCUUCCCAGAUGCCACAACACAGCAAUGCAUCAAAGGCGGCAUGACAAGAAUCAACGUCAACGACCUGGUGUUACAUAAAUAUAAUGAUUUCGUCGCAAAAAACACGGGUAAGAUUCCUUUGACGGAAUUAAUGGGUAAGGGAACAGACUUGAUCCAGGAGUUGUGUGAAUACCAAAUGGAUGUUAUGGGUUCUAGUGGAAAAGGAAGUGUUAAAUACUAGCUGAGUAUCAACCCAGAGAAGAAUAGGCGAAGAAAUGGAAGUAGACAAA